AUGGACUACUCGUACCUGAACCAGGCGGCGGCCGCCGGGUUCGACGCCUCCAGCUGCUCGCUGGCGGGCAUGGAGCCGGCGCUCGGCAACAUGCCCUGCUCGUACGGCGACCUGACGUCGUGCAGCCAGAUGUCGUACCGCUACACGGCGGCCGCCGCCUCCAUGGCGCGCUCCUACAACCCGGGGGGCGGCGGCGUGCCGGCGCCGGGCCACAUGUCCGUGGGGCAUCACCACCACCCGGGGGCGGCCGGCGGCGGCCAGUGCGCCGUCAUGGGCCCGCGGCAGGACCACCACGUGCACCACCGCCCGCCCAUCUUCCCCGCCUCCAUGAACCUGCAGACCGGCCUGCCCUACAAGGUGUACCCCGGCCACGAGGGCGUGCUGACGGAGAAGCGCAAGCAGCGCCGCAUCAGGACCACCUUCACGUCGGCGCAGCUCAAGGAGCUGGAGCGCGCCUUCCAGGAGACGCACUACCCGGACAUCUACACGCGCGAGGAGAUCGCCAUGAAGAUAGACCUGACGGAGGCGCGCGUGCAGGUGUGGUUCCAGAACCGCAGGGCCAAGUUCCGCAAGCAGGAGCGCCUGGCGCAGCAGAAGGCGUCCUCGCAGUCCUCCGGCGGCGGCGGCGCCGGGGGCGGCGGGGAAGGCGGCCAGCAGGCGGCCGUGAAGAGCGAGUCGGGGGGCGGCAAGGCGGCGGGGGCGGCGGUGCCGGCCGCCCCCAAGGACGUGAAACCCGGCACGCCCGUGUCCACGCCUUCCAGCGUGUCGUCAAACAGCGGCGACGUGAAGCCCGUCAACGGCAGCGCCAAGCUGAGCGAGGACGCCGCGAAGUGGUCGGUGCUGGCCUCCUCCCAGCCCUGCCCCGCGCCGCUGCUCGGCAAGGCGCCACCGCACCACCAGCACCAGCACCAGCACCUCAACUCCAUGUCGCACCACCACGCGGCGCUGGCGUCGCCCUUCUCCUCGCUGCUGGGCGCCGCUGCGGCCGGCGGGGGCCCCGCCAGCUACCUGCUGGGGCCGGGCGACCCUCUCAGCCUCAACAAGGUCGCCUCCAACCACCUGUUCUGA